CAUUGGUUCCCAGAACAACUACAUCCGCAUACAAUAGUUCAGUGUAAUAAUCUUUCCCUCUAUAUAUAUCAAUAUGGAGAAGAAACAUGGUAAUACAAUCCUAUUUUUGCUCUCUUUAUGUCUAGGAAUUCUAACAUGGAACGUUAGAAUAAAGGGUUUUUUGUCUUUUUUGUUUUACUUGAAGUUUGUGUUUAGUUAUGUCUCUCAAAAAUGGAAGGCAUGGACCAAAACUAGAGUUAAUAACUCAAAUUGUGAACAUGUGAAGCAGGGUUUAGACUACAUUGAGAGAGGUGCAAAAGUGUCCAAAGAAGACGUAGUUUUGGUGAUGGAAAAGCUGGGAAUGAAUGUUGAAUGUGAUGGUGAUGAUGGGGUAGAGGGGUUUGAUGUAAAAAAUAUUGGGGAAUUGUUUGAUGAUGAGGAUGUUACCUUGUCGGAGGUAGAGCAAGCAUUUGAUGUGUUUGACCAAAACAAAGAUGGGUUUAUAGAGGCAAGAGAAUUGCAAAGGGUCUUAUCCUGUUUGGGGUUAGGGAAAGAUUUGAUGGAAUGCCAAGAAAUGAUUAAUGCAGUUGAUCGAAAUGGUGAUGAACUAAUUGAUCGCAAUGAGUUUGUUAGGAUUGUGGAACAGAGUUUUGGGUGAUUUUUUUUUCCCAUAUGCUAGCUAUCUUAAUUUCAUUUACUUGGCUAGCUUUCUGAAUUUCUGUUGCAUUUACAAGCUAUCUUACUUUUUGUAAUUUACUAUAAAUAAUAAUUUCGUCUAAUUUCUAUGAUUAUAAUUAUAAAUCAACUUUCAUUACUAAA